AUGCGUGUUAUUCCUGUCCCCGCUCUUGAAGAUAAUUACUCCUACAUCAUUCUUGAUGAAAAGACCUCUGAGGCUGCGGUGGUCGAUCCUGUAGAGCCUCAGAAGCUGAUGCAUAUCCUUCAACAUCUGGGAGCGAAAUUGACCUCGGUUCUUUGUACACACCAUCAUUGGGAUCAUGCUGGAGGAAACGUGGAGUUGAUUUCCAAGAAACCAGGACUUGCAGUCUUUGGAGCAGAUGCAAGGAUUCCCGAGAUCAAUUAUGUGGUCAAGGACAAAGAGGAGUUCAAGAUUGGAUCCUUGGUUGUCCAGGCAUUGUGGACUCAUUGUCAUACGAAGGGCAGUGUUAGUUAUUAUGUCAAGGAUGAUUCGGAUCGAGCCGUCUUUACGGGUGACACGUUAUUUUUGAGUGGUUGCGGUCGUUUCUUUGAGGGUACGGCAGCAGAUAUGUACAACAGUUUACUUCAUAUUCUGGCGACCCUUCCUGUGGAGACUAAGGUCUAUUGUGGUCAUGAAUACACCAAAGCCAAUCUUCGGUUCGCUCAACAUGUUGAACCCAACAAUCCACAUGUUGCACAGAAACUUCAAUGGAUGAUGAAUGAAAAUGUGACCACGACAGUUCCUGGAACGAUUGGCGAAGAAUUGUUGUGCAAUCCAUUCCUUCGUGUCAAUGAACCCUCACUCCAAGCUUUUACAGGCAAAUCAGAUCCUAUCGAUGUCAUGCAGGUUCUUCGUGAAAUGAAGAACAACUUUAAAUAA